AUGCUCCUCGACGAAGAUCCCGCUGCCCUCAUUGCGCAAUGCACCUCGCACUUCAAGAUUGGCAACGACAAGACCUCGCUUCACCGCAUCAACGAGUCCCUUAGCACACUGAGCGAAUUCCGCACACAACAUCUGCGCUCCAUCCAGUCAUCCCUGAGUGCGCUGAACCGGACUCACCAAACACUCGCCGCCAACCACAACCACACCCUAUCGCAACACAACCCAACCAAUCAUGCUGCCGAAAUUUUGAGGCUCGACACAGAGAAAUUCAAGAUUGCCAAGCAAGCGAGCGAUUUGGAGAUUGAGGGCGAGCGGCUGCAGAGCGACUUGGCAAGGUUGGGGAAUGUAGCCAGUGAGCUAGAAGAGGAGGGUGUCGAAGGAGGCGUUGAACCUAGAGCAGGUGAGGAUGCUACAGUACUGAAGCUCAAGCUCUACCGCACCCUGGGUAUUGAUGUUGAAGCUGACCCAACCACUGGCGAAUACAACAAGGCCGUAAUCCGCAACGCUGCAAAGGGAGAUGUGCACGUCGUGAACAUUGACCCCAAAUUCUCCCGGCACUUUUACACAAACUACUUCUGGCGGACAAUGUGAUUCUGGGUUGAAGCGAUCUGCAUUUGCGCUGGUCGCAGAACCAUGGGCAAAAGUUUACAUUCUGCUCCAAGCAAGAGACUGCCGUACAUAUGCUUGCAUCCGAAGGCUAGGGCAUGGCGUUUGUUCACGACUUGAUUCUGAGAUACCUUAUUCUUAUCAACGGCGUUUAGUUUGUAAUGUCGUGUCAAUGAUACAAUGCAUAUAUCAG